GUACCUUAUCUGAUAAACGUAUUAUUGGUAAUUGUUAGAAAUUAGAAAUAUUUUUUAAACAUUUUUAUUAAUUUAUCCUAAAAUUUAUUUUCCCUUUUGCGCGCACACGCGUGCCAUAUUUGUCGCUCUGUCACAAAACCCACUGAACUCUCAACAAACUGUCAUCUUCACAAAGCAUUUCCGAAAAACCAGACUACAUUCAUUAUACUGAUGCCAAAUCCAAAACCUUCUAAAUUCCAAUGCACUUUCUCGGCUAACAGCAGCUCGUCUCUGAGCACCUUUCUCAAUUGACGAGCCAAUUUCUCUGUCGAUCCAAUUACCGCCAAGAAAAACAAACAAAAAACAACCUCCUCAAAUUAACACCUGUUUCUCGAGGGCAAAGAGGCUAGCUCUCAUGAUGUUUAUCAAUUCUUAGCCGAAAUCGAGCUUGCCGGUUCGAAUUUGAGCGGGGUUGUCGUUGGUCGGAAAAUGGGCUUGAGGUAUAAGUUUGGUUUGGGAUUGAUUUGUAUGGCAGUUCUUAUAUGGGUUGCUUCCGCGGAAAUUACUCAGAGAAUCUUCACUGAAUAUAAACAGCCUUUUGCACUCUCUUAUUUAGGGGUGUCUCUCAUGGUGGUAUAUUUACCAGUGGCAGUUGUCAAAGAUUUGGUUUGCAGCUUAUUAAACCCAGAUCUACUCAAUGACCACCAUGAAAAUGAUGGCUCUGUUCCAAGCUCUUCAAUUGGACUUGAUGUUCCUUUGAAAUUUAAUGAAAUACAUUAUAAAUUUGAUGAAGACUUGAAAAGCUGCCUAACUAGUGACAAAGAUUUGAGUGAAAGGGAAGAGGGACAGCCUUUGAUGUCUAAUUUUGAAUCACAUCAUAAAGUUAGUACACGGGAAAUCAUUGAACGCAGCCUUUAUCUUACUCCCAUAUGGUUCACUACUGAGUACUUCUCGAACUCGGCCCUGGCAAACACGAGCGUUGCUACGGCAACCAUCUUAAAUUCCACAUCAGGCCUUUUUGCCCUGCUGUUUGGAGCUCUUGUUGGACAAGAAUCCAUAACCAUUACCAAGGUGGUUGCUGUUUUCAUUAGUAUGGCUGGAGUUGUCAUGACAACCCUGGGAAAAACUUGGGCAACCAAUGGGUUCCCAGUCAUCUCUGAGUCUCGAGGGAGAACCAUCACCGGGGACGUUUUUUGUCUUCUCUCCGCAGCAAUCUAUGGAUUAUUUACUGUGCUGCUCAAGAAAUUAGCUGGAUCAGGAGGAGACAAGAUUGAUGUGCAGAAGUUCUUUGGAUAUGUUGGUCUAUUUACCAUAGUGGGUCUUUGGUGGCUUGUUUGGCCUCUAACUGCUAUGGGCAUUGAACCUCCUUUCAAGUUUCCUCCCUCAAAAUCCAUCACUGAAAUCGUGGUUUUGAAUGGCUUCGUUGGGAACGUUCUAUCCGAUUACUUUUGGGCCCUCUCUGUGAUUUGGACUUCUCCAUUAGUUUCUAACCUGGGCAUGUCAUUGACAAUUCCCCUUGCUAUGCUGGCCGACGUGAUAUUGCACGGUCGUCGCUACUCCACCCUCUACAUUGUAGGUUGUGUUCAGGUAUUUGCUGGAUUUUUCAUAGUGAAUUUUUCAGACAAGAUCUCUGCUGGAGGCAGCCAGUGCCUUUGAAGAAGAGGAGGGUGUACAUAGAGAUUUGGUAUAAACUGGUGGAAACUACUUUGAAGCAUGAGACGUAUGAGUAUAUAAUCCUGGGUUUUAGAGGGAAAUUGUAAAAUAUUUCAAGAUUUAUAGGGGAAAAUAACAUUAAAUUUAGUUGUUAUAAUCAUAUGUGUUAGAUUUAGAGACUAGUUUCUUUUUUCUUAAUUUUUUUCUUCUAAUUUUC